AUGUUGGAUCUAGAAAUCGUUCCAGAACGUUCCUUGGGUUGUGAGGCCUGGGAAUUUGUCCUAGGAAUGCAUUUCUCGCAAGCCGUUGCUAUAAUUCAGAGUCAAGUUGGCACAAUCAGAGGUGUUCAAGUACUCUACAGCGAUCAGAACCCUCUCUCCGUAGACAUAGUGAUAAAUAUGCCCCAAGACGGGAUCCGGUUAAUAUUCGACCCUGUCGCGCAGCGGCUUAAGAUCAUAGAGAUAUAUAAUAUGAAAUUAAUUAAACUUAGGUAUAGUGGCAUGUGUUUCAAUUCACCUGAAAUAACGCCAUCUAUCGAGCAAGUGGAGCAUUGCUUUGGUGCAACGCAUCCCGGCCUCUAUGACAGCCAACGACAUUUGUUCGCGCUCAAUUUUAGAGGACUCACCUUUUAUUUUCCUGUUGAUAGCAAAUUUGAGCCGGGCUACGCUCACGGCCUGGGCUCGCUUCAAUUUCCCAAUGGCGGUUCGCCGGUAGUAGCACGGACCACCAUCUACUACGGAUCGCAGCACCAAGCGUCAAAGCCGAACAGCGGAGGGCGGUGGGCCGCGCCGCUAGCGGAUCUCCCGCCAUCGUGUUACCGACAGCAGUUGCAUCUACGUCGUUGCGACGUCAUCCGCUCCGCCAGCAGUACGGUGGCGUUGCGGUUGCAUCUGCUAGCGGAGGGCGGUAGAGGUGGCGCUGCUAUCAGCCGCCGACGCGUGAUCCGCUUUGGCGACAGUUGUCAGGCGGUUUCUCGUGCGUUGGCCGCUCCGGCCCGCCUCUACUACAAGGCGGAUGAUAAGAUGCGCAUACAUCGCCCGACCGCACGCCGUCGGGCCCCGCCGCACACUGACUAUUUCUUCAACUACUUUACGCUUGGGCUGGAUGUGCUGUUCGAUGCGCGUACGCACUCGGUGAAGAAAUUCGUGCUGCACACGAACUAUCCGGGCCACUACAACUUUAAUAUGUAUCAUCGCUGCGAGUUUACGCUACACGUGCAUCCUGACAAGUCCGAAUCCAAUGCACUAGUGGAGUCCCGCGGUGGCGUCUGUAUUACGGCGUACAGCAAAUGGGAAAGCGUGUCUCGUGCUUUGCGCGUGUGCGAACGGCCCGUUGUUCUCAAUCGUGCGUCCUCAACGAACACAACUAACCCAUUCGGCUCCACCUUCUGCUAUGGUUAUCAGGAUAUCAUUUUUGAGGUGAUGUCCAAUAACUACAUAGCGUCAAUAACCCUAUACCAGCCGGAGGGAGCCACCCCGCAAUACGCCGUUGACUCUAUCGCGUGA